AUGUUCUUCAAAUUCUUAUUGAGGUUGAUGGGGAGUUGGGUUGCUCCCCCAUUGCCAAUUGAUUCUUGGGUGGAACCUCAACUUCCUUCAGAUCUGCCCCCUAUGACCACUCAACCAGACUCUUCUUCUCCUUCUUCUUCUUCUUUCACUCAUGGUUCAUCAUGGAAAUAUGAUGUGUUUUUGAGUUUUAGAGGCGAGGAUACACGCACCAAUUUUACAGAUCAUUUGUACAAGGCCUUGUGUGAUAAGGGCAUCUACACCUUCAUUGAUCGAGAGCUUGUAAGAGGAGAAGAAAUAUCGCCAGCCCUUGUCGAAGCAAUUGAAGAAUCAAGAAUUUCUCUCAUUGUAUUCUCUGAAAAAUAUGCAUCUUCGAGGUGGUGCUUGGAUGAACUUGUUAAGAUCCUUCAAUGUAAAGAAUCAAAGCAACAAAUAGUUUUGCCCAUUUUUUACAAGGUGGAUCCCUCAGAUGUACGACACCAAAUAAGUAGUUAUGGUGAUGCAUUUGUUCACCAUGAACGCAAAUUCAAGGAUGACAAGGAGAAAGUGCUCAAAUGGAGGAGAGCUCUUAAGGAAGUAGCAAAUUUGUCUGGAUGGCAUUUCGAGGAGGGAGCACAAUCCAACCGGGGGAUUGUUGGCUGGUACGCAGGAUUUUCGAACCAGAACCCGCGUCCAGGGAUGAGUAGUCCAACCGGGGGACGGAACUCCAUAGCUCACACGCCGGCACUGCCAACGCCACGUGUAGCUCACAAAUCUCAUAUCAAGUCCUACGCGCGCAGACAGUAUCAUCCCCACACCGGCACUGCCAACGCCAUGUGUGAUGAUACUAAGCAAUAUACAUACUCUUCCCAUACACCGGCACUGCCAACGCCAUGUAUGGGACCAACAAUCUCAUGA